CACAGAUAACAAAUAAUUCGUUUCGUUGGUAAUCAACAAAAGCUACGCGGCGCCGAAAAUAUAAAUAAAAUAACAAAAAAAACGUGCUAUUUAGUAAUAAAUUGAAGAAUGAGUGGUCCUAACGGGAUGCUGUAUGGUGGCGAUGAAAUAGGCGCGUUGGUCUUCGAUCCUGGACAUCAUUCGUUGCGCGUUGGUUAUGCUCAGGAAGAUACGCCUAAAGCUGAUAUUCCGGCUGUGGUUGGCGUAGGACCAGCCACCCAUAUCCCUGAACCUGAGGAGAAGGUCCCUGAUGGCAAUGUCACGCAAAGCGGUACAAAAGCAGGCGGUGAUCUCCGCCAUUACAUAGAUGUGACUGAACUUCACGUGCCCCGAGCUGGCAUGGAGGUCCACACUUACAUGAAAGAUGGACAGGUCGACAACUGGGACCUCUUUGAGAAGAUGCUUGAUUAUUGCUAUGCAAAGGUUAUCCGUUCUCCAUCGGAACAUCACCCAGCCCUAUUUACCGAAGCUGUAUGGACGACGCGUCCAGCUCGAGAGAAGCUGGCGGAACUGCUCUUUGAGAAGUACCAGGCGCCAGCAUUCUUCCUAGUGAAGAGCGCCGUGCUCGCUGCCUUUGCCAACGGCAAGAGCACGGCUUUGGUGGUCGACGCUGGUGCCAGUCAGACUUCGGCCGUGCCUGUUAUUGAUGGGUAUGCCCUUGUCAACGCGGCCGUGAGAUCCCCAAUAGGAGGAGACCAUCUCGCUGCACAAGCUAAACAUAUGCUAUCUAACAUGCAUAUACAGAUGCUACCUAUAUACAGUAUACAGAGUAAGGAGGUUAUAAGGGAACGCGAGCGAGGCCGCUACACUCUGAAGACCCUCCCAGCCGGGCUGACACAUUCUUGGCAACAAUAUAUGCUCAAACGGCAAUAUGAAGACUUCUGUCAUUGUGUGGCUCAGAUAUCUGAAAGCCAAUACGAGGAACGUCAAGCGGCGUCGGUCCCGUUCACCCACUACGAGUUCCCCGGCGGGUACCACCAGGACUUCGGUCCCGAGCGGUUCAAGCUCACCGAGUGUCUCUUCGAGCCCACACUGGGCGCUCCGCAUUUGGUAUGCGCGGCGGCGGCCGCCUGCGACGCGGACGCGCGGCCCGCGCUGUGGGGCUCCGUCGUGGCCUGCGGAGGCCUGGCCAGCACCCCGGGCUGGCUGGAGCGCCUCGCCAAGGACCUCGCCGCCAGGGCUCCCAGCUCACAUCGCCUGAAGACUACCGCAGCACCCAAUCCUACUGAACGACGGUUUGCUGCGUGGAUCGGUGGCUCGAUUCUAGCCUCAAUAGGUUCAUUCCAGCAAAUGUGGAUAUCGUCACAAGAGUACGAUGAAGGUGGAAAAGGACAGCUCGAAAGGAAAUGCCCUUAAAAUAACUAAACUAUGUAAAUAUACAAACAUAACUACACAUUUUUAUACUUACAGUAGUUGAGGAUUGAGUAUAGUUGGUAUUGAUUUGUGUAAAGAAAACUUAUGAUAAACUAGCUACCAAACGCGGCUUUGAUCGAGUGGUAUGUUGAUAAAAAGCAAGCCUAUGUAUUAAUUCAGGAUAUC